CCAUUCGCAUGCAGAUCGGUGUGGCUGCGGCGGCGUUCCGUGCUGUGGCUGACGCCCUCUCCGACCUCGAGUCGCAGGAGGUGCAGGUGCUAGCAGUCAGCACGGAGGACGGAGUCAAGGGCCUCGCCCUCUUCCAGCACCAGUCCGAGGAACAGAUCGAGUGCAAGGCGGUCCUCGAGCCGCGGGUGCGUGGCGCCAUCACCCCUGAGGCUCCGCCUCCGCUCGCCAGUGCGAAAGCAGGCGGCGCAGGUGCGGGCACCGCAGGGGUCAUCACGGGCACCGGCAAGGAGCAGUUCGAGGAGCUCUUGAAGGAGCGGUCCUCCCGUGCCUCGGCGGCCCGUGUGGAGCCCAAGGGCGAAGUUCCGUGCCAUUGCGGCGAGUGCCCGCAUGGCGAGGAUGGCGCAGAAUCGGCUGCCACCGCCCCCUCUGCCAUCUCGCUGCAGCAGCAGUCGAGGCCGGCAGGGGAGAAGCCGGUGGCACGGCAGGAGUGCGUGCCGGCCAAGGCGGCGCCACCUCUGAAGCUGUCGGAGCAGCAGGCGGCUCGGCGGGCCGGCACGUCGGCUCAGAAGGGGCCGUCGGCGGAGCAGCUCCGCCUGCACCGCGGGCUGGAUGUCCUCAGCAAGCGGCAGGAGGAGACAGCUCAGGCACUGGGGCUGGCUCCAGUGC